AGUAUAGCAACUGGAACCAGAAGUGAGACGGCGUUUAUUCAGUACCCACAGCCGGCGGGAGUCGCACUGUUGCUGUCUUUUCGAUAAUCCAAUCCAGGUUCCCAAUUGCCUUUGGACUCAAGCCAUUCAUUUUACUUCACUCAAUUUCAUUUCAAGUUUUUGGUCAAUUACAACACAAAAUGGCAGCUGACAAUAUGGAAAUUGAUGAUUCCCUUUACAGUCGGCAACGCUAUGUCCUUGGAGACCAUGCAAUGUGUCAGAUGGCUCAAUCCUAUGUUUUCCUAAGUGGUAUUGGUGGACUAGGUGUUGAAAUUGCGAAGAACAUUAUUCUUGCAGGUGUAAAGGCACUUACCAUCCAUGACACCAAGCCAUCUGAAACUUUGGACCUGGGGUCUAAUUUCUUUCUGCAAGAGAAUGAUGUUACUAGUCAAAGAAACAGAGCCAAGGCCACAAUUUUACAACUUGCAGAGUUGAAUCCAUACGUCCGGGUUGAUUCUUCCAACGUUCUUCUGGAUGAAAAUACAGAUCUUAGCUUUCUGCAGCAAUAUCAGUGUGUGAUAUUGACAGAGACUGGACUUUCACUUCAAAAGAAGAUUAAUUACUUCUGCCGCUCCCAGCAGCCACCUAUCAAGUUCAUUAGUGGUGAUGUAUAUGGAGUGUUCAGCCGAGUGUUCUGUGACUUUGGGGAUCAUUUUGAGGUAUCUGACCCAAGUGGAGAAGAGCCAAAGGAAAUCUUCAUUCAGAAUAUCACACAGUCCAAUCCUGGAAUUGUAACAUGCAUGGACAAUCAUAACCAUGGGUUGGAAACAGGACAAUUUGUAACAUUUCGGGAAAUCAACGGGAUGACAGAGUUAAAUGAAUCAGUUCAGCAAGUAACAGUUCUGUCCCGGUAUUCAUUUAGUAUUGGAGAUACAACAACUUUUGGGCCAUAUUUACAUGGAGGAAUUGCUGUGCAGCUGAAAAUGCCCAAAAUCUUUACAUUUGAAAAUAUGGAGACUCAACUUUUAAAUCCUCGAUGCUUUGUGGUAGAUUUCAGCAAAGCUGAGGCACCCCUGCAGAUUCAUGCAGCAAUGCUGGCUUUGGAUAGAUUUCAGGAGCAACACAAACAUCUGCCAAACAUAGGAUGUCUUCAGGAUGCGGAGGAACUCGUGAAAUUGGCUUUAACUGUAAGUGAAUCACUGAAGAAUAAGACUGCAGUUAAUCAUGAUAUUGUUAAGUGGCUUUCACGGACAGCAAGAGGAUGUUUGCCCCCUAUUGUUGCUGCUUUUGGUGGAAUCAUUACCCAGGAAGCUUUGAAGGCACUCACGGGAAAAUUUUCUCCACUUCAGCAGUGGCUGUAUUUUGAUGCAACAGAGUUAUUUCAGACUCUAGAAGGUACAAACGGUGAUCAGUUCCAACCACGAGGGGAUCGAUAUGAUGCUCUGCGUGCAUGUGUUGGACAAUCAAUCUGCCAAAAGCUCAGCAACCUCAAUGUUUUUAUGGUCGGAUGUGGUGCAAUUGGAUGUGAAAUGCUUAAAAACUUUGCCCUACUUGGUAUUGGUACUGCUUCUGAACAAGGAAUGGUUACCAUCACUGACCCUGAUUUAAUUGAAAAAUCCAAUCUAAACAGACAAUUUCUCUUCAGACCACAACACAUACAGAAACCAAAGAGUUGCACAGCUGCAUCAGCCACCUUGACCAUAAAUCCCCAGAUGAAAAUAGAUGCUCACCUCAACAAAGUGUGCCCAUCUACUGAGAACAUUUACAGUGAUAAUUUUUAUACCCAAGUAGAUGUUGUGGUCACUGCUCUAGAUAAUGUAGAAGCAAGGAGAUACAUUGACAGUCGAUGUGUGUCAAAUCAGCGUCCUCUUCUUGAUUCAGGAACUAUGGGUACUAAAGGACACACGGAGGUUAUUGUGCCAAACCUGACAGAGUCAUAUAACAGCCAUCGAGAUCCUCCUGAAGAAGAAAUUCCAUUUUGUACAUUGAAAUCCUUUCCAGCAUUAAUUGAGCACACAAUACAGUGGUCCAGAGAUAAGUUUGAAAGCUGCUUUUCAUACAAACCCUCAAUGUAUAACAAUUUCUGGGAUACAUACAAAUCAACAGAAAAUGUACUGCAGAGAAUGAUAAAUGGAGACAGUUUAGAAGGAUCAUUUCAAGCAAUUAAAUUACUUAGUAGAUGGCCUACAGACUGGCAUCAGUGUGUGUCUCUGGCACGAGUAAAGUUUGAAAAAUAUUUCCAUCAUAAGGCUGUACAACUUCUCCACUCAUUCCCUUUAGACACUAAGCUCAAGGACGGAAGCUUAUUUUGGCAGUCACCAAAAAGGCCACCAUGUCCAAUACAGUUCAACAUAGAUGAUGAGUUGCAUUUCACCUUUAUAUUAAGUGCCGCAAGACUUUUUGCAGAAGUAUACAGGGUCCCUUAUAUGAAACAGGAUAUCUCCAAAGAAAAUAUUUCGCAGCUAUUGUCUGAAGUUAAGAUUCCAAAAUUCACACCAUCUGCAAAACAAAUAGAAACCGAUGAAAACGUAAAGAAAUCUGACCAGGCAAAAUUUGCAGUAAGUAGUGAAGAGGAACGAGUGGCCAUUGAUUUAUUAAACCAAGCCAGGAAAACAGGAGUUGCAACCAAAAAUCAUCUCCAUAUGAUGCCAGUCACCUUUGAAAAAGACAAUGACAGCAAUGGGCACAUUGACUUUAUAACAGCAGCAUCCAACUUACGGGCAAGGAUGUAUAAUAUUGAUGCAGCAGACAGGUUGAAGACAAAGAGGAUAGCUGGAAGGAUUAUUCCAGCCAUAGCAACUGCAACUGCAGCAGUAUCAGGGCUGGUUGCUCUGGAGUUAAUCAAACUUGUUGCAGACCUUCCACUUGAAGCGUACAGAAAUUGUUUCUUUAACCUGGCUCUUCCAAUUAUGGUUUUUACUGAACCAGUGGCUGUAAAGAAAAUACAAAUAAGGAGUGACAUCUCAUUUACAAUCUGGGAUCAAUGGACAAUUUAUGGAACAGAAGACUUCACACUGUUAAAUUUCAUAGAUGCUGUCAAAGAAACUUACAAUGUUGAGCCAACAAUGGUGGUGCAUGGAGUGAAGAUGUUGUAUGUGCCUGUCAUGCCAGGGCAUGUGAAGCGGCUGAAGUUAACAAUGCAGAAGUUAGUGAAACCAACAUUAGACAAGAAGUACGUUGACUUGACAGUGUCAUUUGCGGCUGAAUCUGAUGGUGAUCAAGACUUGCCAGGUCCUCCAGUGAGAUACUAUUUCAGACCUGAAGAGAAGUGAGCCCAAGCUUACUGUAAAUGUUGCAAUCCCUCCUACCUAUUUUCACACAAGAUGGAAUUUGCUAAAUGAUUCUACUUUACCAUUAUAUGUAUGUGUCUCAAGUUUCCUGCAUAUGUUGCAAGAUGCAGACUGCCUUAAUAGUUGUAAUAAAAUUUGUGUUUUCAAAUUCCAGCCAGCAUAUUGUAUUAUGCUGUCAAGGCGGUCCAUACCCAAUAUAAAACAUCAUGUAAAUCGUCUUUUCUUAUACAUAGUCUUCAGUGUAAGAACUUCACUAGCUGCUGUUUUAGACAAAACAAGGUAAAAUAUAUAAAAUAUAUAUAACAAGUGUAGGAAACAGAAGCUUGGCGUAACUACCUUUUGCUGAUUCUGGAAAUGGCUGUGGUUCCAUUUCUCAAGUAUACUGUCACAUUGGAGAAAUCCAAUGAAAGGAAUCGUCCAUCAAUCAUUCAGGCUGGAAAAAGGUAAAAGAAAAUUGAAAAUUCCAUGAUUUUGGUUUUUCAUGGAUUUUGCUUUUAUAAAAGAUCACAUUUAAUUUGCACUAAAUAUUCAUGUUUAAGA